AUGCCGCCGCCGCCCACCCCCUGCGCCGCUAGCGCUGCCGCCGCCGCCGCCCGCCCCGCCCCGAGGCCCCCAGCCGCAUCCUCCCCGGGACCGCGCGGGGGCGGGAGCUCAGCCCGCCCGACACCCGACCCCCGGCCUCGACCCCCGGCCCGCGGCCCGCCCGCCCCGGCUCUAGCGCCCCGCCGCCCCGGCCAACCCAGCCGACGCCGUCCCGCCGGCCCAGACGCUGGCUUCGCUACGGCUCCGGCUCCAGCUAGCUCGCCGCUUCCGCCUUCUCCAGCCCCGCCCCGGCCGCGGCCCCGCCCCCGCGCUCGCACCGGGCCAAGCCCCCCUCUCACGGCCCCGAGCUUCGCUGCACUCCGGACGCUUUACGUUGAAGCAACUGUACGGCCGUGCAGCGCGGCCCCGCCCACGCGGCAGGUUCCCAGCCGCUGCGGGCUGGCGGCCUCCCUACACACCAGCCCAGGAAGAGGCGGUGCCAAAGGGCCGCCAGUUUCCGCCCAUCCAGAAAGCGCGCUGAUUGACAGGCGAUCUGAACAAUAACGGCAAGUGCUUGGUCGAGGCUCCCGUGAGUCUCUGUGCCCCUGUGCUAAACAACCGGUCAAGAUCUUCUUCCUUUUGGGCGGGCUUCAGGACUGAAUUUGCUGGCAAAAGAAAGAGUUCAUUGGACCGCACUGGAGGAAGUCGCCCUGAACGCCACUUCUGGAGGUGUUUUGAUCCCGUGUGGUCUUUGUGGGUACUUUCUGGGUUUUGCCCACACUACAGAUGGAGAGAGCGGUUGUGUUAGCCAAUAGGCUCACAUCCUGUCUGGAGGCUGAAAGGCCCAUUGGGUAGAAAGUAUUGAUUGACGUGAGUGCAAGCCAAUCAACACUCCCGAGGAAGGUCUCCGUAAAGUUCCCUCAACUCCUAAUUCCCAUGUGACCAUGGAGAUCAGCCAAUGAACGACUGUUCUUCUUACAGAGGCUUCAUCCAAUCAGCACUUAGUAACAGCUAAUGACCAGGAAGACAACUGGUAAACAGGAAGGACGAGCUCCUGAUGGAGAAAAUCAGGUCUGAGAAAUGUUCACAUUUGAGUGCCGGAUUAAAAAGUGCUACCUCUUUGGACUCCUGCACAGCAAGAAGUCCUCGAGAAAAAUCAAUGAUAAAUAGCAUGAUUUUCAAAUGCUGACAAGUUAGCAAAGACACUUUCUGUGUGAUGGUUCUUGACUUUGCUUAACCAUUUCAAAAUAUGCAUCCUUUCAGAGUCUUUGUUAAGAGGUUCAUGGUGCUAGUGUCUGUUGUGUUCCCUCAAAAUUCAAGGUGAUGGGAGGUGAUUAGAUCAUGAGGGCAGAGCCCUGGUGAAUGGGAUAAGUGCUGUCAUAAAAAGAGACUCCACAGAGUUCUCUAGCCCCUUGUGCCAUGUGAGGACACAAUGAGAAGUCUGCAGCCCAGAAGAGAGCCCUCUCCUGUCUAUGCUGGCCCCCUGAUCUCAGACUUCCGGCCUCCAGAAUUGUGAGAAAUAAAUUCUGUUGUUUAUAAGCCAUGCUGUCUGUGGUAUUUUGUUAUAGCAGCCUGAAGAGAUUAAGACAGUGGGGUGCUGGGUGUACCUUUGGGACAUAUUGAGGUUUUGGAAAAGCCAGUGCUAAGUACCCAGUGAGCUGGAGUGUCAGUUAGGUUUUGCUGUGCAACCAGCCAUUUCAGAAUUUAGUGACUUCAAACAACCAGCAUUUACUUAGCUCAUG